AUGUACUUUUUCCUCAGAAAUUUUUCCUUCUUAGAAGUAUCAUUUACCACUGCCUGUAUUCCUAGAUUCCUGUACAGCAUGUCAACUGGGGACAAUAAAAUUACCUACAAUGCUUGUGCAAGUCAAAUAUUUUUUGUUAUUCUCUUUGGAGCUACAGAAUUUUUUCUCCUGGCAGCCAUGUACCAUGACUGCUACAUUGCUAUCUGUGAACCCCUGCAUUACAUGACCAUCAUGAACAGCAGAGUAUGUAGCUUACUAGUCUUCUGUUGUUGGGGAUCUGGCUUGAUGAUCAUUCUCCCACCCCUUAGCUUGGGCCUCCAGCUUGAAUUCUGUGACUCCAAUACAGUUGAUCAUUUUAUCUGCGAUGCAGGUCCCCUCCUAAAGAUCUCAUGCUCAAAUACACAGGUAAUAGAAAAAGUGGUUUUUCUUGUGGCUGUAUUUGGACUCAUCAUCACCCUAGUGUGUGUGAUUCUGUCCUACACACACAUCAUCAGGACAAUUCUCAGGUCCCCCUCUGUUCAACAGAGAAAAAAGUCCUUUUCCACCUGCUCUUCCCACAUGAUUGUCGUUUCCAUCAUCUAUGGCAGUGGCAUCUUCAUCUACAUCAAGCCCUCAGCAAAGGAGGAGGUGGCCAUAAAUAAGGGCAUCUCAGUGCUCACCACAUCUGUUGCACCCUUGUUGAACCCCUUCGUUUACACCCUGAGGAAUAAGCAAGUGAAACAAGCUUUUAAUGACUAUAAAGAGGAUUGCAUUGUUCUCAAAAAAAUCAGCUUUGAUGAAUCAAAGUAA